UUUACAUGGGCGUGAACAAAAGGGGGUCGCUUGCCGCGUGUUUUGCUGUUCGGUUGGAACCACUACGUUUCUCAUGUUUUGUUCGAUACAUUGCUGAUAAUUUCAGUGGAAAUGGAGGCGUUUAAUCAGCUUCUUUCGGAAUAUCCUGAACUAAUGUACAGUGGAGUUGGAGCUACGGCGUUUGUCGCCGGUGGAGCGCUGAUAUACAAAAUUGCCACCAGAAAGAAGCCGACUUUUGCAAAUGUGAACUGCUGGUUCUGUAAUCAGAACACAGUGGUGCCCUAUGGGAACAGGAACUGCUGGGACUGUCCCAACUGUGACCAGUAUAAUGGCUUCCAGAAGAAUGGGGAUUACAACAAACCCAUCCCGGCUCAGUACAUGGAGCAUCUUAACCAUGGAGUAUCUGGUAGUCUUCCCUCGUCUGAGACACCCAAGACACUGCAAUGGGUCAACUGUCAGAUGCUGCUAUGCAGAAAGUGCAAUAACAACCAAACUGUAAAGAUCAAGCAGUUGGCAUCAUUUAUUCCAAGGGAUGACGAAAACUACGAUGAGGAAAUUGAAGCUUACAAGCACCACCUGGAGCAGACCUAUAAGUUAUGCAGGCCAUGUCAGACAGCAGUGGAGUACUACAUCAAAUAUCAAAACCGUCAACUUCGAACAGUGCUCCUAAACCAUCAGCUGCGACGCAGCCGAGAAUCGGACAAGGGCUUCGUAAAGAGCUCCUACUCUGCGUCUUCUCCCGUGGGGGUCAUACUCUUACGGGCCCUCACCUUCCUCAUAUGUGCUUUCCUAGUUGCUACAUCUUUAAGUGAGUUGAGGGACCAGCCUACUCCGCCUAGUGGCCCACAGACAUUAAGUGGUGGGGUAAUUCCUCCAAAGCCUAACGUCUCCAAUGAAUCCCACCUGAACAACGAAAGCAGUGGAGGCGUGCCUGCAUGGCAGGAUCUGCUGGAGCUGCUCCCAGGCCAGGCCAUUGAAAAUGUCAAGCUGGUGUGGCAGCAUGGAAGGAACAACCAGCUGGCUGUAGUCUCUGUUGGCCUGUUGACAUGUCUCACCGCUAUCUUCUUAGCAGGACCUGUGAGGUUGAGGAGAAUUGAUGCUGUGGCCUCUGUCCUGUGGUUCCUCAUCCUAUGCCUCUACCUGGCUGAGAGCUACUUGACUGGAGCCUUGGGCUGGAUGGACACAGCCAAGCUCAGUGCCAUCUCCCUCUGUUGCCUAGUCAGCUUUGCCGCUGCUAUGGCUACUCGCAAACCACUGGGUCCAAGAAGAGCCAGAUAUCGAAGGUCAGAAUCUGAGCAGUAAUGUUAAAAUUGUGUUUGACACAUGGGAUUUUAUAAAGAGUCCUCUUUCCAUGAGAGGUGUGCGUUCAUUAGAACCAGAUCAAAGCACAUUAAUCGGAGUGGUGUCAUUACCAGAACAAGGAACAUGCUUUUUUUUUUAAAAUUCAAUGUCCAUUUUUAACUUUAAGACCCAAAUUUUCUGGCGUGUACAUACGACUGAUAUGACACGUGAAUAGCAAACAUAAAGGCGGGGGGGGGGGACAAAAGACGUCCUUAAUCGCAUCAAAACCUCACCUUCAAGCGCACAUGGCCAAUAGUUGCAUGAUGUGUGUAAAAUUAUGGAGGUUAAAGUAAUUUUGCAGCUAGGGGUAUUGUUUCAAAUUCAUGCUGUUUAUUAACCUUUGCAUUAUUACAUUGCUAAUGCCAUAUUAACCAGAACAAAUGUGUAAUGGACUGACCUUGAGGGUGAAUAGAAAUAUGCAGUUAAAGUCAUUUUUAAACCAAUAUAGUGGGACUUUAACAUUCAACUACCUAACUAAUACUAUUAGCAUUUUGGAUGUACUCAUUUAUUUAUUAACACUAUGGUGUAGCUGUAGGUUGAAAGUACAGCUCAUUGCCUAAAUACUCAUUUGUGAAGACACCGCAAGCCACACUCAAGAUUUCUUCACAUCGUCUUCAAUUUCUGAACAAAGGGUGAUCUUGGACAUUUCCAAAAAGUGUUCAUCGUGAGUACUUUGACACCACUAUGUAUUUAUAACCGAUUUCCAUAAGGAAUCUCUAAGGAACACUAUCUGUGCUGAACUGAUCAGUUCGCAGGGCAGCGCUGGAAGGUUUUUCCAUGUGUGAUAUGUAGUUAUCUUUUUGAGUAAAGUGGCUCCAUUGCAUUUUUAUUCUGACAGCCACUGUGUACAAAUUCUUUGUGUAGAAACAGUUGUAACAGAAGCCGUUUGCCAAAAUGCUAAAACAUGGUAAAUCUAAACGCUCAGCUGUCAGGGAAAAGUAGUCACUAGUUCAUCAGCUUUUUUCCCCAAAAUUCUGUCAUUCAGAGGUCUUGCUGUUAGCUGCUCUUCUCCCAUCCUCAUUGCUGUGAUCUUGUUUCUCUGAUUUCCAUUUGGAUUUUGCUUCAGGUUUUCCCUCUGCCUUGAAUUGAUGCGUGAAUUUGCAUUGUAUACGGCACUUUUAUUAUGCUUUAGUUAGUCUGUUGUGCCGAAAGCUAAUGCUUAAAACUAGUGGCUACCUGACAGAUACUUAAUUAGUUUGAGGUAAUCAUUUCUAAGUAGUAUUUUCUGGCAGCCAGGUCGUAUCUGUGCUUGAACUCUGCAACUGAAUAUAGUCAUUGGUCGGACAUUUUUCAAGUGUAAUGUAAAGCUCUAAGCAAGUGCUCUGCUGAGUGUAAGAAUCAAAGUGAAAAGAGUCAGUGUUGUUUGAUGAUUUGAAAGAAGCUUUUACCUCACAUGUUGCACUUGUGCAAGAUACGCCAGUGCACUACUCUGCACUAUUACUGGACUUGCACGGCCUUCGGUUACGUCCAAGUAGGAUGUACUUUCAUCCUAACAUAGUUUCAAGUAAGCCUCAAGUGAAAGGUUGGACUGUCAUCUUUUUCAUAUUCUAUUGGAAUACAAAUUUGCUAUGUUUAAAAUGUGAAAAUGCAUUUUGCAGCUAAAAAAAAAGACUUUGCACUCAUGUAUCGCUUCCUUUGAUCACUACCAGUAAUACUAAACUUUCCUUUUCAACAUUUUAACAUGUUGAUGUAUUAAAAACACUGAUGGACGUACUUUCUGCAUGUGCUAACAUUUCACCUCUUAUUUAUUUCUGUUAACCUGUUUGUUUUUUUACUCUGAAGUUAUUUUGUGAAGGGGGUGUUUAUUUGACUGUAACGUGAAAAGGUAUUAGAAACUAAUAGCUGUAGACAGUGAAUGUAGAUCACAUUUAAUGGGUAGAGUACUGUAUCUGUGGGAUUUGAAAAUGUAAAAAUACUCCUGUAGACUAAGUUAUGUUAUCAAACCAGCACCUUUGGUGCAAGAGUCAUAAAGCUUUAAAUUGUGAAUUUUGGUAACAAAUGUGUUGCCAAAGGUAAGACAUUCAAGAUGCCAUUUGUAGGUUAUGAGGAAAGUAUUACUGCUCAUACAGAGUAAUUUCCAUGUUUUGAAGCUGUGAUUUUACUUUUCUGCCUCUGGAAAAAAAAUCACAUGCAAAUAUUGCAAUGCUUGCAAUAGUCCUAUAGCAGGAUGAAUCUGUAUUAUUCAUCCAUAUUUUUACCUUUUCGUCUGUAUAUCUAAGGUACAUAUUAAAAUUGUAUUAUCUUUUUGUUUUACAUGCUGUGCUAAAAAGUUUGUUCCCUAUAAACCACCAGUGUGCAUGUUUGUGUUAAAAUAUAUAGCCUGAGUAUAUGGCUAUUUGUGUGGUUUUAAGAGAAUUCUUGUAUCUACCUGCUGUAUGACUGUUAACACUUUGUGUCAAGCAUUUAUCUCUAGAAACACUACAUUCAAACUUGUAUGUUAAUCCAUACAUUUCAUCUGCCAUAUGCAACUACAGCAUUAUACCAUUGCCUCAAACAUAUGUUGUGGUGUUUUUUAACAGUGAUAGUUGUAGAAAUACUUUAUAUUUUUAUUUUACUAAUAGUUCUGUCAAUCUUGAUGAUUUUACCGCACUGUUACUAGGCACAUCCAGUAUGUAGCUAACAAACAUGGUUGUGUCAUACCUAAAUGUUUUAUCAAUGUAUGUUGUAGAAAGACUGACUCAGUACUUAAAAACAAUGAGAGCUUACUGUGCCAAACAUCGGUACUUUUCACAAUUCACAAUUUAAGCAAUAAUUUGCUAUGCCAAACUAUAUUAUAAAUAAGCUAAUGAAAUGUAUCUCAAUUUGAUCAGAUACUAUGUGUUUAUAUACUCUGUAGCAGCCUCAGAAAUGGAUCUCCAUCCAUGCUGAAAGGUUUCCUGCAACACACCCAAUGAAACAGUGUAUUUGUGCCUAAAUGCUGUAAUUGGGUGUAUUGCUUUUAAUGACAGGCUCCAGUUUAAAGACUUUGUAUGAAUGCUUGCUGUACAUGGAUUAUAAUAAAGAACUGGUCAAACGAUA